AUGUAAGUUCCAGAAUACUUGAAUUCAUCUGUUAUUAGCAAUGCUGGAUCUCAAAUUCAAACUAAAUCUAAACAUGUCUUUUUCUAGUGCAUUCUCAAGCUAACAACUACCCUCUCUUUAAAAAGUAUUAUAAUGAAUGAACUCAAAUUUUUAUAUUAAUUGCCUUUCCCUUAAAUUCAGGAGUAUGACUUAUAACCAGGUGAACAAAUCAAGAAGCCAUCCACCAAUCAGAUAUAAAAGAUUUUGAAUCUUUAAAGAUUAAUCAAAUUGAAUGAGAAAAUUGUAUUCACAUUCAGAAUAGUCAGUGAACCUUCAUUAUUACAUUUAUUUGAUUCUAAUGGUUGUACAUUAUUACAUUCAGCAGCUCUAAAUGAGAGAAAUGGAACUUUUAAGAUUUUAUUGAUAAAACGAAUUGAUUAUAAGAAGACAUAUAACGAAGGGAGAACUAUUUUGGAUAUAGCAAUUAAAUAAAAAAAUCAAAUAUUAAUAGAUUACAUUUAUCAAAUUAAGAGGAAAGGACUUAAAGAAUUGCAUUCAAAUAAUUAAAUCAUUCUCAAUCGAAUAUCAUAAAAUUUAAAAAUAAUAUAUUUGUAAGUAGAACCAUUAGAAUCUACUUGA